AUGACACCGUCUGGAACGGCAAACAGUGCAGCAGCUACAGAAAAAAAAAAAAAAGCAGGCAUCAGCAGUGGGGAUACUUGCUGCAGCAGCAGCAACAGCAGCAGCUCAGUCCAGCAGCUGCAGCAGGCAUCAGCAGUGGGGAUACUUGCUGCAGCAGCAGCAACAGCAGCAGCUCAGUCCCCUGGUGGUGGCAGCAGCAGCAGCAGCAACAACAACGGCGGCAGCAGCAGCUCCGCAGCCCAGCAGCAGCAGGCCCCCUCACCUUCAAGGCCACCCGCAUACCCACCGCUGCAGCAGCAGCUGCUGCAGCACCAGCUACAGCAGCAGCUGCUGCAGCAGCACAUCCAGAACCAGCAGCAGCAAACGAAGACACAGGGGGUUAGUCAGCAGCUGCAGCAGCAACAGCUCAUCUUGCAGCAGCGGCACCAACAACUGCAGCAGCACGCAUCACAGCAGCAGCAGCUCAUGCUGCUGCAGCAGCGUGCUGCUUCCCUGCAGGCAGGUGUUCAAGGGCAGCAGCAGCAGCAGCAGCAGCAACAACAACAACAGCAAACGCAGCAGCAGCAACAGCAACAGCAGCCGGGCCAGUUGUCCGCGUCCCUCCAGCAGCUCUUGACGCAGCCGCAACAACAGCAGUAUACGCAGCAGCAACUGCAGCUGCUGCAGCAGAUACAGCAGCAGCAACAGCAGCAGCAGCAACAGCAGACAGGCACACUGGCCCCAGGGAUCAGCGCCGCAUCAGUGCAGCAGCUGCUGCAGGCUAGGCAGCAGCAGCUGCUGCAGCAGCUACAGCUGCACCAGUUGCAAGUCAAAGUGCAGCAGCAGCAGCAGCUGCAGCUGCAGUUGCAGCAGCAGCAGCAGCUUCAGCAACAGCAGCAGCAGAUGCAGGCGCAGCAACCAAGCCAGCAACCGUCUCAAGAACAACAAGCACAGCAGCAGCAGCAGCAGGCACAGCAGCUACAACAGCUGCAGCAGCUGCAGCAGCUGCAGCAGCUGCAGAGCAAGCUGCAGCAGCAGCACUUGCAGGGGCGCCUGGGGGGGACUACGCAGUUCCCACAGCAGCUGCUGCAGCAGCGGCUGCUGCAGCAGCAGCUAAUGCAGCAGCAGGUGCUGCAGCAGAGACAGCAGCAAAUCCAGCAGCAGAUACAACACAUCCAGCAGCAGCAGGACACUGUACAGAUUGCCGCAAGACUGGCAGCUCUAAGCGGUGAUAGCAGCAGCAGCAGCAGCAGCAGCACAGCGCUGCAGCAGCUGCAGCGAGCUGCGACAGCAGGGCACCCUGCAGCAGCAGCUGCUGCUGCUGCUCUGCAGCAGCAGCUCGGCACUCUUUCUGCUGCACACUCGCCUGCUGGGAGGCAGCUGCUGCUGCUGCUCUGCAGCAGCAGCUCGGCACUCUUUCUGCUGCACACUCGCCUGCUGGGAGUAUCCUUCGUCCUGCAGCAGCACCAGCGGUGUCUCAGCUGCUGCCAGCAGCAGCAGCACCAGCAGCAGCGGCAGCAGCAGCACCCGCAGCAGCUGCAGCAGUAG